AUGAACCCCCUAGCACUUCUCUCGGAAGCAUUCUCAUUGAGUGAUCCAGUUACUUCGGAUGGUGACUAUAUCUCCCAUGUGACAGGGUUUGCAACGGACGAAGACGACAACAGCCAGCGAGUCGGAGGUCUCGCCUCCAUACCUGACACCAACGGCGUGAGGUACCACGUACAGCAGCCUCUGAUGCAAGAUUUACAAUAUUCCGGUUCGAAUGCUCUUGCAAUGACUCCACCUGACUCUUGUCCUGGUAAGCCUUCUUUCUUAUACUCAUUCCUCCUCAAGAGACUAGCUUUGACUGAUCAUUGUGGUGUAAAAGACUCCUUUUCAUCCACAUCUGGUCCGCUCUACCCUCAUAUGUCUCGGAUUCAGCAUUCCUUUGAUAGAAUGGCAGACUAUCAACGACCACCAACUGGUAUUCCAACCGGCAUGCAAAGCUCAGGUCAUGGUUUGAACUCCAUUCCAGCUCUCAUGGGACGCAAUAAUGCCUAUGGUUCAUACGCAUUACAGCGCGGAAUCGGAAAUCUCGGACUCCCCAUGGGGGGAAUGAGCGAUAUGUCUCGUAACCAUGGAUAUUCGGGCACGCCUCGCGCUUUAGAUAGCGGGCUGGAUCGAUCUCCAAAUAACUUGUAUCAGCAACCAAUAGUGGAGUCCUCACAACGCUCACAGCCACAGGUUGAGGCUCCACCUUUCGACGACACGACUAUUCUUCAAACGAUUGUUGCAGAGUUUGGUGGCCAAUAUCAGACAGUGAAGCCUGAAGUUCAAGCAAAGAUGGGUCGAGGGCCCUUCCCAGCUGAAGGCAAAUGGACUUGCUAUCGACGCAACUACUUUGCAGUGACUUGCGGCUUUGGGCUUCAACCUUGGCCUCCCACUUCCCCUUUAUACAUCCGCUACCCUGAUCAGACCCUCGAGCCAAUCCGUGGGUUUUCAAUGGCCAUUUCGGCCAUCGUGAAUGCCCAAUACGGAGAGACUCGAGAGCUUGUCCAGCACACCCCAAAGCGAGACAAGCAAUCCGAGCGUAAGCCAGGUCGUGUCGUUCUUCAGCCCUCCCCCCCCACCGUCAUUCACAACAAACUCGACGGUUUUUCUCUUGGCUCCCAAUCCAUGGAUUACAAUUCCUCCUUUGCGGGUACACCACAGCCCUGCCAGCCACCAACGUCCCACGUUUUCGAGCGCAUCCAAUUCCAGAAGGCGACUGCCAACAAUGGCAAACGCCGCGCCCAGCAACAAUAUUACAAUCUGGUCGUUGAGCUCUACGCUGAGAUUGCUAGCUCGGUUCCAGGUGAAACCCAGUGGGUUCAGAUCGCCCGUCGCCAUUCCCACCCCCUGGUCGUUCGCGGACGUUCACCCGGCCACUACAAGGACGGACGCCGUGGCAGUACCGGCAGCAUGGGCCCGGAUGGCGCAGGGGGCGAUAGCAAUUGUGGUGUGCUCUCACAUGGAUUAGGCCAAACAGGCCGCUCAAACAUGCUCAUGUACGACACGCCUCAUCGAAGCAGUCUUUCCUACGGCAGACCCGAUCAUCGGAAAAUGACCGUCGACCAUUCCCCACUCAGCGAUAGCCCUCUCAUUUCCUCUUCCUCCUCUUCCGGUCUUGAAUAUUCCAUGAUUGACACUAUGGACCCCAUGGAUACAAUCAAGAGUGAUUCUUACCUCAAAUCAGAUUAUCAGGAUACGCUUUACACAGGGGUUCCUGGUCAUCAACACCGCCAGGCUAGUACUGGUGGAUAUGACCCUGUUUACUCAACAAAUUAUAGCCGUUACGAUCCCAUCCAGAGUUCGCAUAGUCUUUGCACUUAG